GGAUGUUCUUGCUCGCUUUCGACUUUCACAUAUUGUGUCUUCCAUUAGGCCCCACAUCGGGCCAGCCCUUUGUAUACUCCGAUACAAAGCAGGCAAUGCCCACCAUCCCACAGUCUCAUACCACCCCAAUGUCGAAAUAUCGGUGCAUUCCCUCGAUAUAAACCGAAUCAGGAUUUAAAGUUUAGACGGAAGAUCAACAGCCCCGAUAAAUUAUACACCAGUCAAUGCCAACAACCAGGAACAUAAACAGGCCCCACAAAGAGAAUGUGGGACAUGAGCUGAGGAACGGUGGGACAACCCACGGAAUUAAGCCACGCCCCUCGGAUCUUCCACCAUGCGGGGAAACCGACGGGGUAAUCCAUAUAAGCAGAAAGAAACAGGAGCACAUUGAGAUCUCAACACAGCACAACUAAACCCCGGUAAGCAACUAGUUAUACAGUAUGAUCGUGCGCGAACUACCCGCCCCGGCUCAAGGGGCCUCGAUUGCCGAUAUUACCGCCAUCGGCCCGGACCAAGAGUCGGUCGCAUCGUGGAGGAAGCGAUGCAAUAUUGAUACCGGGAAGCAGACCCGACUGGUCAAACUGUCGCACAUGCGGUACCAGCAUCCGGACUUGAAUGAGAUUACGGUGUUUUUGCAGGACUUUGGGAUGGAAGUGGUGCAGAAGACGGACGAUCGGAUUUGGUAUCGCGGGUAUGGAACGGAUCAAUAUGUAUAUUAUGCACAGAGGGGAGAGAAGAAGUUCUUAGGGGGUACGUUUGAGGUGGAAUCAUACCAGGAAUUAGAGAAAGCGGCGCAACUGCCUGGUGCUGGGGAAAUUCAAGACUUGUCGGAGGCUCCCGGUGGAGGGUAUCUGCUGACUCUGACUGAUCCGGAGGGAUUCCCUGUGAACCUGAUCUGUGGUCAAGAGCCACGCGAGGCUGGUGAAUACCCGACGAGCAUUAUCGUGAAUACAGAGUCGGAGAAACCACGGAUUCGGAAAUUCCAGCGAUUCAAUCCAGGUCCAGCGGCCGUUCAUAAGCUUGGGCACUUCGGACUCUGUGUUCAGAAGUUCGACGAAUUAGUAAACUUCUACACUACGAACUUCAAUAUCGUGCCGAGUGAUUUUCUGCACGUUGAGAAGGACGGUCAGAAAAAGAAUGUCGCUCUCUUCGCACAUAUCGACCGUGGAACAGACUAUGUCGAUCAUCACAGCUUCUUCUUGAGCACGAACCCGACCUCCCAUGUCCAUCAUUGUUCCUUUGAGGUCCAUGACAUUGAUACGCAGCACCUUGGCCAUCAGUAUUUGAGCGGGAAGGGAUAUGAAUCGGUUUGGGGUGUGGGGAGACAUAUCCUAGGCUCCCAAAUCUUUGAUUACUGGUGGGAUACCACUGGUAAUAUGGUGGAACAUUAUGCAGAUGGGGAUUUGAUUAACGAGGAGACUCCAAUUGGGUAUGGGCCUGCGGGGGAUGAGUCGUUGGCGGUUUGGGGCCCUGAGGUCCCAUCAUGGUUCUUGAACUAGUUCUGCUACGGUGCCGACCGGAGCGACUGUAACGGAUCUCUCCAUUAUACUCAUUAUACUUUGGAUUCUCAUGGCUCGUGGAAGAUAUACAUUAUAGCUGUGCUAUUCUAAAGACGCUGGAUAUCCAUGAUCAUGCGAGGGUCCUCAAGCCUGCUACUAUCCCUAAGGUGUCGGAUAGCACAUAUACUGCAUCUCUCAGGUCUAGAUUACAACAUCUCGCGCUUCGCGAUGGAC